CCCAUCCCUGAGAGGAGUCCAGACAUCACAUGACAUCAGAUCAGGAGUCGGCCGACCCGGCUGAGCCUCUGGUGCUGCUAACGCGAGAGACAUGGUCACACCACCUCGGCCCGGAGCGUCAACACCUGAGGCUGGUAGCGUAGUGAAGAUGGGGUGCUGCUGCAGUAAGGAGCUGAGCCCAGGCCUGCUGAGUGAGAGGACCAGGCUGCUUCAGGCAUCAAGCCCAGAGGCGCUGGGGGUCAAGCACCAGGACGGGCUACACACUAAUGCCUUGGCUCAACUUGUGUCUGACCAACUGGCUCAACACACGUGUGUACCGGACGGACCGGCCAAACGGAAGCUUCAGGAACAGGAGAAGAAGAACAAUGUCGUCCCGGACAAAGUGUCGACAGGCCCCAAGGCGAGGCAUAGCGGUGUCAGCGGCAUGCGGAGCGGGGGGCCACUCACUCCGCAACACUCACACGAGGAGGAACUUGCUAUUAUUAACGCCUCCACAGGCCCCAGCAUGGUCACACAGACAAACACGGACACACACACACACAUGGACUCAACGGAGGCAGGCAUGCCACACACACACACUGCCAAGGCCAGCUGUGGGAAUGUUCCAUAUAUGGAGGGGAGCGUGAAGAGCCCAUUAAAACAGAAGAUAGCAGAGAACACCAUGGAUAAUUCCGUUAGACAAAGGAUACAGAGCACCAUGGAGAACCCACCAAAACAGAAGAUGGAGAAGACAAUGGAGAACCUAGCAAGACAGAUAGAGAAGACCAUUCAGAACCCAGCCAGACAGAGGAUAGAGAACACUGUUGAGAACCCAGAAAGACCGAGAAUAGAGAAGACCAUUGAGAACCCAGAAAGACAGAAAAUAGAGAACACAGUUGAGAGCCCAGUGAGACAGAGGAUAGCGGAGAACGCCCUGCUCAGGUCUACCUGGUUCAGCCAGACCCCGGAGCCCGGCCAGGAAGAGACAGAGGGCUGGGGAACCCCCCUGGUCGGAACAUCCCCAACCCAACAGCUGUAUGACUUCAGAGCUGGGGGGGAUUCCGCCAGAGUAGGGCCAGAGGAAGAUGAGGAGGAAGACUGUGUCAUCAGGGCAACCCUGGGGCGGGGUUUCAGGGCCAGAGCUCAGAGUUUCUACAGCAUCUGUUCCAUCGAUGCUGACGACCUCGUCACUGACCAAUCUCACACAGAGGAAUAUAUAGCCUUUAUCCAAUCACACACAGCGGAACCUACAGCAAUCCAAUCACACAUAGCCAAACCUACAUCCUCUAUUCAAUCACACGUAGCCGAACAUACAACCUCUAUCCAGUCACACGUAGCCGAACCUACAGCUUUCCAAUCAUACACAGCCGAACCUACAGCUAUCCAAUCACAUUCAGAGGAACAUACAGCCUCUAUCCAAUCACACGCAGAAGAACCUAAAGCCAAUGACCAAUCACACAGAGUGGAACCUGCAAAGGCUGACCUAUCGCACAUAACGGAACCCAAGGCUUCUGAACCCCUGGCUUCCGAGCAAUCAAAAACAGUUGAAUUUACAGCCAUCGACCAAUCACAAACAUUGGAACCUAUGGCCUUUGACAAAUCCCAUGGUGAGCCCCCCGAGGUACUUGUUCUGCCGGACCUUCUCUGGAGAAGCUAUGAGGACCCACAGGCUUCACAACAGGACAGCCCCAUCGCCCCCAGAGACGCCAGGACCCCACCACUAACUGGAGACAUUACAGAUCCCGACAUACUUGAGCUGACAUCACGCCAGGAGGAGAGUGUGUGUGUGAAGGACGAGAAUGUGUGUGUUAAGAAGAGAGGUCUUUUGUCCACAGUGAAGACUGUUGAUAGCAGCCAGGAAGGAGAAAACGCAAAGAGGGAUUUGAACCUCCAUGAUACCCAUAACUAUAUUCCCACCCCCACAUACCCCUGCCCACCUAACCUUACCCUUACAGAGGAGCAGCUCACACCCAGCCCCAGCCCUAGCUCUAGUCCUAGCCCCAAAUCCAGCCCCCUGUUUGGGGCAUUGGAUGGGGCCACAUGUGUAGAGGGGAUUGAGGUAUACCAACCUGUCUCAGUGAGUGUGAUCAGUGAGGGGCUGAGAAGAGAGACAGAUAAGGAGGAGGAGGAGACCAUACUCAGCAGCACAUUGGAAACCACACUAACAGAGGUAUCACCAGUCUCCACACUCUCCUCACUAUCCACAGUCUACCCAGUCUACGCAGUGUCUCUACCCAUUGACUUUACUGUCCACUCAUUCAAAUCUGAUCUUAGACCAGUGGAUAUGGAACAUGAAGUUGGAACAAAACCUGAUCAGUAUGAUACUACUUCUGACAGCAACGCCAAGCCUGACCAAAACAUAACACACGUGUAUAUUGAGAGACCUGAUAGGGAUUAUGUAAAACCUACUGGAAAUAACAGAAGCCCUGUUGAUGACUCAGAGCUCACUGAUUGGCCAGUCCAGGCUGAGGUUAUAGUGGGAAGGUCUGCAGCAACAGAGAAGGAGCUGGAAACCAGUGUGGAACAGACACACUGGCAGGAAAUGGCUGCCAUCACCAGUCACCCCACAAGAGAGAGCAGCCAUCCUUCAAAGAAUUGUAGAGAGGACAGAGAGAGCAGCCAUAUUUCUCAGGGUUGUGAGGACAGCGAGAGCGGCCAUCUCUCUGAGGAAAGAGGAGGCUCUACUCCUGCCCCUCAGGACCUGCCUAGCGAGGACACUCACUUAAAGCCCUGCAAAGGUUCUUCAUCCUCCUUGUCCCAUUUCCUCUCUAUAGGUUCAGAAGGGAGAGAUGGGAGGUUGAGUUCAGAGAGAGGAACUGAACCCACUGACUGCAGAAAGCUGUCUGAGAAGAACACAGAGGACGGAACACACACCGAGGACGGAACACACACCGAGGACGGAACACACACCGAGGACGGAACACACACCGAGGACGGAACACACACCGAGGACGGAACACACACCGAGGACGGAACACACACCGAGGACGGAACCCACACCGAGGACGGAACCCACACCGAGGACGGAUCCCACACCGAGGACGGAACCCACACCGAGGACGGAACACACACUGAGGAAGGAACACACACAGAGGACGGAACACACACCGAGGACGGAACACACACCGAGGACGGAACCCACACCGAGGACGGAACCCACACCGAGGACGGAACCCACACAGAGGACGGAACCCACACCGAGGACGGAACACACACCGAGCAAGGAACACACACCGAGGACGGAACACACACCGAGGACGGAACACACACCGAGGACGGAACCCACACUGACAAAAGGGAAGAGAUACACACUGACAACUGUGAAGAAACAGCUAUAUGGAGUCAUGUUGGGACACAAAAAGACAGGGACGUAAAGAGCACAGACACACACACUGGGAGUAGAAUAUCCCUCCUAGAGGAAUGUGUUGCAACAGACAGCCUCAGUAGUGUGUGUAGUGUAGGAAAACACACUGACAGUAGUUUAGAGACACUCCCUGAGGACACUGAGUGUAGUGACAUAGCAACAACUGACAGUGUGUGUGUCACCCCUGUUUUCCCCCCUGUGACAUUUGGAUUCAGCCCAUUUGAUGAACCCCUGAAGUUCGGUUGCCACGGCGAUGACUGCUCAGAUGUGGACUACCCUGUAGACGAUGCAACGAUGGCAGAUUCCUAUUUGUUGGCGGGAGUGCUGGGGGUGGAGCCUGAUCAGAUUGACGUUUACGCCUCUACCCCCUCUUACCAGAUACAGUUCCUGGAUCAGGGGUCACUGGCUGUCACCACGGAGAUGGGCACUGUAGGGGUGAGAGGACAGGUCGAGGAAGGGGGCAUGAUAGACAUGGUGUCAGAACUGCUGGGAGAGGAAGGGGACCCCACCCUCUCUGGCCUCUACCCCUCUCCCUGGAUGCAGUCAGGGCCAGGGCUGGUAGAGGGAGAGGGCUGUGGAGGAUGGGCCCAGAGGCUGGCACAGGGUAUGGUCCCCAGCCAGGGAGAGGGUGAGGAGGGCUGCGAGGAGGAGCAGCCCCCUAGCUCCAUGGCCCUGCUGGGAGUCUACCCCACCUACAGCACUCUUCUGCCCCAGGACUCUUGUCUCUGGGAAUGGCACCAUCAGUACCAGCCUGAAUCCACCCUGGUCUCUGAGCUCAACCCCAACGCUCAGGUAUGGGCCAAUCACAUGCUUAGCCUGGACCCCUCAGGCCCCAUCUACACUGACUCCCUCCUACCAUGGCUGGGUGUGCACAGUCACCUUGAUAACCAGGAAGGGUAUGAGCAGGGCUAUGACCUGGAGGAAGUGGGUGAGGCUCAGCUGGAACCAAGCGUUGUAGAAUUCCCGACGGUCUCAGCCAAUGGCCUGGUCCAGGACAGCUGUAAAUCAGAGGAGCUCAUCGAUCAGCUGAAGACCUCACUGGAGUCCUGUCUGUCACGGGAGAACCUGGCCAACGACCUCUACCUCGUCUCCCAGAUGGACAGCGACCAGUUCAUUCCCAUAGCAACACUAGCCAACCUCGAACACAUCAAGAAGCUCAGCACGGACUUGGAGCUCAUCUCUGACAUCCUCAAGUCCUUGCCGCUGGUGGACGUGGCAGAAUGCGGGCAAAAGGUACGGCCCAAUCAGGGUCGCUGUAUCGUCAUCCUCCGAGAGGUUCCGGAGACCACACCCCCAGAGGAGGUAAAGGCUUUGUUUGCGUGUGAGAGCCUCCCCAGGAUCCAGAGCUGUGAGUUUGCCCAGAACGACAACUGGUUCAUCACCUUCCACACUGAGGCUGACGCUCAACAGGCAUUUCAGUACCUGAGAGAGGAGGUGAGGACGUUCCAGGGGAAACCCAUCAAGGCACGGAUCAAGGCCAAUGUGAUGGCAGUCACAUCUUACGCUCCAAAGAAUGGCUACAGGCCCCGGCCAAUGGACCCCUGCACCAAUCAGCAGCCUUACAGCCCGUACUACGUCCCUCCCACUUUCCAGCAGCCCCUCCCACAGCACUACACAAUGACCAAUCAAAGCUUGGCUGCCGUGGCCGGAUACACUGACCCUGACCUGCAGAUGGCGUCAUUCUCUGGCUUCAUGAACGGCUUCCCAGGAAGCCCCAGCUUCAAACUAUCCCCCUCACACAAACACAGUAGGGGGCACCGUGGGCAGCGGGACCAGAGGCGGCGUUCUGGCGACAGGGAGCCGGGCCUUCUGGAUGACCCCCCCUUCUUCCCGGAGCGUGUACCAAUAGGACGCCUCCCUGGCCCCCCCAGGCAGGGCCGGCCACGGUUAUCAGGCAACAGGCGUAGGGAUGGAGAAGGGGGUCGACGUGGAGGGAGAGGGGAGUCAGGGUCCUCCCCCAGCACUGGCAUAGGAAGGAGAGGUCCCAUUGGUCAGAGGAGGAGAAGAGAUGAGAAGUACAUUAGAGGGCCCCCCCAGUCGCCCCCCCGCUCCUUGUCUCCCAGUCUGGAGCUCGGCCCCACUAGCUUCCCCCCGCUGCCUCCGGCAACAGCCUCCAGAGAAAUACUUACCAUAGCAACCAGCAAUCACAAAGCAACCUGCAACCACAAGAGUGCACUUACAGACAGCAGUACCAGCCAACCAACCACUGUGACAUUACAAGAGCUCCAGCCUAUCACAGCAUUGCCUCAGAAAACCCUCCCCCUAGAAUGGUGGCUGUUGCUGGACCACAGGAAGCUGAAGGAAACCGUAGCAUCUCCCAAGAGGACCACAGCAGCUCCUCCGACCAUGAAAGAAUCGCUCCAGACCAUGAAGGAAAACGGACCAGCACUGGAGUCCAAGAAGCCGAGCUACGCUGAGAUCUGCCAAAGGAUACGAGCCAAUCAAACGCUUUGCGCAAACCCCAUUGACCACACCCCUUCCGGGGCGGAGCUUGCCCCAGCCUAUCCUGCACAGGAGUCUGACCCGGCCCAGUUACCACGGUGACCAGAGUGAUAUGGUUACCUUGGGUUGGGGAGGGCAAGAGGGGGGAGAAGGAGAGAAGAGGAAGACGUUUUUCAAGCAACAAAAAAAUAACUAUAGCCCUUUAAUGUUGAGGUUUUGAUUUAUUUUAUUUAUAAAGUUUAGUUAGUUUUAGAAGCCAAGUUGUAGCACUCUUGUUUCUCUCUGCUGUCUGUCUGUUUGUCUGUCUUGUGUCUGUCUAUCUGACUGACGGAACUCUCUGAAUUCUUUACGUUUUGAUAUUGAUUUAUUUAUUUUGAUUAAUAUUGAUUAGUAUUUAGAGCAUCAGACAUCAUACUGCUGUAUUAAUUCCUAAAUCUAAAUAACUUCAGUGGAACAGUUACAGUAACUACACUGGAACAGUUACAGUAAGUACAAACAGCCAGACACUGGAGUGCCAAGAAGCUAAAGCACUGAUAUCAUCAUAAUAAAUAAUUAUUAUUAUCAUAUCAACAUUUGUUUCUGCAUGAGUUUUAGAUGUAUUUAUUUACUGUUUUAUUUAGAUGGAAUGUCUUGUGUGUUGAUUGGUUUGUGUUGUUUUGAGUUUGGGGGGUGGGUGUCUAUUAAAUAAAUAAUUUAGAAGAGAAACAUCUGAGGUUGAUAUUGAGUGUACAUACAACACUGUUAACAACUUGAAUUUGAUUUGGAAUCAGGGGUAGCUGGAGGGAGAGGGUGGGGGGUUGUAGAUAAAGCUUUCAGUUCGCUUUUCCUGUGUUUGAGAUAGAAUAUUAAGUGUGUAAAUGCGAGUAAUAGAUACAGAAUUAAGGCACGAAAGUGUAUGUUUUCUUUUUUCUGUACAGAUGUAAAUAAUUUGAGUAAUAUUAUUAAACAAGUGCCUUUAAUAAUAAACUAUGGAAAGCUC